GUUUCACGUGAAAGUCUCAUUUCUCUCCCAACGUGAACGACUUUUGCUCGGAGGUGACGAGAAAAAGAGCUGUAAAAAAUAUGCUUUCCAGAGGCCUCAGUUCAUCGCUAGUCCGUACUUUAGCAAGAACCUCAUUAAGGGUAAGUUACUGCAUAGUUUAGAGUUUUUUAACGGAAAUUGUGCGGCUCGUAUGAGGCAAAAUAUGAAGACAAAUUUUGGCCUUCCUAUUUGCCGGCGUGUAAAUCAAAACUGACCUCUGCUUUAUUCAUUUGCUAAUAUUUUCCGCUUUUCAUGUACUCUAAGUAGCCAAGCGGCUUAAAUAUAUGUGUAUGCAUGUAUAGUUUAUUUUUAAAGAAUUGUAUCCAGUUUACACAAUAUUUAAAAGGUUUAAUGCUGGCUAGUUCAGCCUUGUUGCAAGUCGUACAUAAUUUUUGUAUAGUUUAAAGUUGUAUAUUGUAUUUCUUUGUGGUGUAUACAUUGUACAAACUUGUUGCUUAAUGUUUCAUACUGCUCUAUUUACAUAUGAAACUAGCUUCAGGAAUAAAUGCAUUAAAAAAGUCUGAAAGGCUGCAAUAUUAAGACAAAUUUCAAGUGCACAUGCACAGACUGUAUGUUUUGUAAUAUAAACUUUGUACUUCAGGGGGGCUAUUACCAUUGAAUAUAGAGACCAUACAGAAAGCCGACUCCGCCAAAAUAACGUAACCGUCGGCACGCCAUUAUUCUCGAUGAUUUGUUGUCAAAAUGCACUUGCCAUUGUUCCUAGCCAGUGUACUUAUGAUAAGCAUUCACCCCCCUGAAUGUCUGCCCAUUUUGAAUAUUUUCAGGGGGGUGAAUGACUGAAUGCCUCUUAUAAGCACACUGGCUAGGACAGCAUUGCAGCGGUUACACCAAAAUCAUAAGUCCAAGUUAAUUUCAAAAGCUAUGUCCUAGGUACAAAGUCCUUCCACACACAUUUUGCAAAUGACACAGUCUUGCAGUAGACCAGAUUGAGUGUAAAUUCUCCACUAGAACUUUGUGAUUUUUGUGGCAGGGUUGUGUAAACAAUGUCAAGCCUGCCGUCAGACAUCUUAGCACAACCAGCAGAUGUUUGGCUGGGCCAGGUACCGCCGAAGUUUCAUCAAUUCUCGAAGAAAGGAUAAUUGGCACAGCCACUAAAGCCGAACUAGAAGAAACUGGCCGAGUUCUGUCUAUUGGUGAUGGUAUCGCUCGUGUUUAUGGCCUCAAUAAAAUCCAGGCCGAUGAAAUGGUGGAAUUUUCUAGUGGUUUGAAGGUAAAGAUAACAUUUUAUGCUAAACAUUGAAAAAAAUUAAAAAUUUAGGAAGGAAAUGUCAAAGACUGUCAUUGAUGGAAAGCUAAAUUUGAACUAAAUCUGACCACAGGGGGAAUCGUACCCACAAGUAACUACUUCUGUUGUAUCUGUAUAAUUUACUGAUAUUUAUAAAUAUGCGAUUCUAGGGUAUGGCACUUAAUUUAGAACCCGACAAUGUUGGUGUUGUAGUAUUUGGUAACGACAAACUUAUCAAAGAAGGUGAUGUUGUCAAAAGAACAGGUGCCAUUGUAGAUGUUCCGGUUGGCGAAGACAUUUUAGGGCGUGUUGUGGAUGCUUUGGGUAAUGCUAUCGAUGGUAAAGGUCCAAUCAACUGUACCGAAAGGUAUCGAGUGGGUAUUAAGGCGCCUGGUAUUAUUCCACGUAUCUCUGUAAGAGAUCCUAUGCAGACUGGAAUUAAGGCCGUUGAUAGCUUGGUUCCAAUUGGUCGAGGCCAGCGUGAAUUGAUCAUCGGUGAUAAACAGACUGGGUUGGUAUAUGUAAUUGUUGGCCAUUAGGCAUAAAUUUCAUUCAUCUUGGGUUUUAUCUUUUGUUUUAUAAAAUUUCUAUUACACUAAUGUCACAAUUAACUGUUGUAACUUUAUCUUCUUACAACAGAAAAACUGCCAUUGCUAUUGAUACAAUUAUAAACCAGAAAAGAUUCAACGAUGGUGCCAAUGAUAGUAGGUUUUAAAUUGCAGUAUAAUCUAAAAGUUUGGCACUGCUAUUAAUUUGAAAAUGUUUUGUUGUUCAAAAGUCACUGUCUUUUCAAACUAACUUAAAAAGUAUUUUGUGUUUAUUAUCAGAGGAGAAAUUAUACUGUGUAUAUGUUGCUAUUGGUCAAAAAAGAAGUACUGUCGCCCAGAUUAUGAAGAGAUUAGAAAAUGCAGGUAAUUAUGGAGGAGAUGCACAAGAUUAUUAUUGAGCACAAGUUGAUCUAGCAGCAGAUAUUUGGCUAUCCUCUCAGGGCAUGCUAUACAUUUCAAUUCUAGCAUCGUAUCCACAAGAAAGCAAUUACAUAUGUUUGCCAUUUGCUAAGACUAGAUCAUAGUCACUAGCAGACAAACCAUUUUGUUUUAUGUCAAGUAUGUUUUAUAUGACAGUUACAAAUCAUGCUGAAUGUUUGUCUUUUUUAUGCAACAGAUGCUCUGAAAUAUACGAUUAUCGUGAGUGCGACAGCUUCAGAUGCAGCCCCGCUGCAAUACUUGGCUCCAUAUUCUGGCUGUGCUAUGGGAGAAUUCUUCCGAGAUAAUGGCAAACAUGCCUUGAUUAUUUAUGAUGAUUUAUCAAAACAGGUAGGGCAGGGAACGUCAUGGAUUACUAACUGCUUCUAAUGAAUGACCUGAUUCAUGCUACAGAUGGAAUGCCCAUCAGGACACCUCAUCCAUUAUUGUCCAUUAGGAAUUUUGCAUGGGAGUAAAUUCAAGGUAAGUUUUGAAGGAUUUGUAAGAAAUUUUUGAAGGAGCUGAGUGACACAUUGUUGGCAUGUAACACUAAGUCAGUUCCCUCAAAAUUUCUUAGAAAUCCUUUAAAACUUUACCUUACUCGACAGCCAAGUAGCUAAUUCAUGCUUCAACUUUGAUGCACAAUUUGUCUUAAAUUAACUUGCAACAGCUAACAGUCGUAACAGUUGACCUCAAAACACGACUUGCAGUUUGUGGUCUGCUGUGAACGUCGAUCUUAACGUCUCUAUAUUGAGAUAUGCAAAUAUCAUUACCUAUCACUCUAGGCCGUAGCCUACCGUCAGAUGUCCCUAUUACUGCGUCGUCCACCUGGUCGUGAAGCUUACCCUGGUGACGUAUUCUAUCUUCAUUCACGUUUACUUGAGAGAGCUGCGAAGAUGAACGAUGAUUUCGGAGGUGGAUCUUUGACUGCCUUGCCCGUUAUUGAGACGCAGGUAAAGUAGACAGUUUCUAUAUUGAAAGCUAUGCACACUGUUGUUUUAUUUAUACGAUCCUUGUAUCAUUAAACUGAUUUUGCUAUGGCAGACUCGAAGGCAUGAAAUUCAAAAUUAAGGGUGGAAAAUAACACAGGUUGAAUGACUUUCUGAAUCAACCAUCAUAUAACAUUUCUCAUAACAGCAAUGUCAUCCUGUCGGGAUCAGUGAUUGGAAUGUUUUAUUGUCUUUUUGAAAUCCCACUGUUCUCCAUGCCAUCCAGUCGCGAUCCAGUGAUCAGAUUGAGAAUAUCCCAUUGUCUUUUCAUUGUUUUGAAAAUCUCACUGUUCUCCAUGCCAUCCAGUCAUGAUACAGAAUAUUGCAUUGUCUUUUCAUUGUUUUGAAAAUCAAGUUGAUUGGCUUUCUGAAUCAACUCCAUAAUAUUUUUCUUCAAACAGGCUGGUGAUGUAUCCUCAUAUAUUCCGACAAACGUUAUCUCCAUCACAGACGGACAGAUUUUCUUGGAAACUGAGCUGUUCUUCAAAGGUAUUCGACCCGCCAUCAAUGUCGGGUUGUCUGUAAGUCGUGUAGGAUCCGCUGCACAGACUAAAGCUAUGAAACAGGUAAGGUCUCGUUUUGUUAUUCACGUAUGAAUGAUGUAGCUAUUGGAAAAAUAUAGAAAAUCUUCGAUGUUUCGAGCAUACAUGUAGAUCGUGAUGUGAAGUUAAUAGCCACUAUUCUUAUAUGCAAACAAAGAUGUACAGUAAGACUGGUUGUUUCCAUGAAGAAAUAUCGUUGUUUUUGCAAGUACAGUACCGAAUUAUACAUUUACCGCAAUAUGUGUUAUAAUUUUACCCACCUAGGUUGCAGGUACAAUGAAAUUGGAACUUGCUCAAUAUCGUGAAGUUGCAGCUUUCGCCCAAUUCGGUUCCGAUUUAGAUGCGUCCACACAAGCCUUGUUGAACCGUGGCGUCCGACUGACAGAACUUUUAAAACAAGGACAAUAUGGUAAGGAAUUUCUCUUCUCCUCCUUGGAUUUAAAAUUAACCUCAUAUGAUCAAUCUUUACCUGUUAGGAAUUCCUUCAAGAUUUACAUCAUUGAUUUUCAUUUUAGCUCCGAUGGCAAUUGAAGAACAAGUAGCAGUCAUCUAUGCCGGUGUCCGAGGACAUCUCGACAAGGUCGAUCCAUCGAAGAUCACAGAUUUUGAAGUGGCUUUCCUGAAACACAUCCGAGAUACUCAACAAGAUCUACUCACGACGAUCAGAGUCGAUGGUCAACUCACUCCAGAGAGCGACGAGAAAUUGAAGAAAGUCGUUACGACUUUCUUACAGACAUUUGAAUAAGAACAUUAGAGCGUGUUUGUGAAUGUUUUUCCUUAGGAUGACUUUUCAUGUUUUACAUGUUAUUGAGAUAAUUAUUGUAUUAAAACUAACAAAUUUU